AUGGCGGCGGCUACAGUUAGGAGAUCUCCGUAUAAGGAUUUCUUGCAACCCGCGUUGCAGCGGCGCUUUGCCACGGCGAGUUUGGGCGUGCUGGCCGUUACAUACAUUCAAGCGCUAUUCUUGGCGAAUUGGAGCUCUCUAUUUUGGUCCUGGUUCCCCCUCAGCGCAACCGGUUUCCGCGCGAUCGCCCUGUUCUUCUGCGGCAUCCUCAUCAUCAUCCUUCGCAUCUCACAGUACCACCCCGGGCUACGGACCUCCGACUCGGGCAUUUCCACCUUCUUCCGCUAUGCCCCGCGGCUCGAGACCGCCGAGACGAUUGUCACAUACACGCUGUCGGCCGUCAUCUUCAGCUUCAUCUACAUUUGGUCGCUCUCGGAGGACUCCGGACUAGAGUUCAUCACCUAUUUCACGGCCGACCGGGCGCGGCUCAACGAGAAGCCGCUGUUUUUGAUCUCGCACUUGGUGCUGCUGGGACUUUAUCAAGGUUUCCUGCACCUCUUCUGCGAUGUCGACCGGCUGUCGCUCGGUGUGGCUAAGCCGCAGAACGGAGAGAAGAAGGCUGAGGAAGGGGACGCGGCGAUCCAGAUGCGCCGGUUGAAGGAACAGCUGCCGGCAAUCCUGGUGCGCACCGUCAACAUCUCGUUGAUUGGCCUGAUUCUGAGCACCAUUAUCUACCCGCUCACGGUCCGCAGCGCGGUCUGGAAGACGAGCUUGGUGUUCUUGCGGCCGAUCUACAACCUCCCGCGGAGCAAUAUGCUGCCGCCUACAGCACCUUUUGCUUUCUGGUUUUUGGUCCGCACCUUCUUGGUUAGCUUGCUGCUGACGUUUUCGUGGGCUGCCGCCAACACGGCAUUUUCUCUGUUCCUGGUCAAGCACCCGCUCAAGAACGGGAAGCCCCUGACAUCGGACUCCAAGGACCCGAACGGUAGUCUGUUGAACGGGUUGAAGAAUAAGAAGCUCUCUAUCAAGUGUUUCGCGAUGUGGGAGCUGGCGUUCAUUGCCCGCGACUUUGCCGAUCGCCGCAAGGCCAUCUACGAAGACAUCGACCGCAAAGACGGGCCGAUGUGGUCUCAAGUCUACCAAAUCUGCCUCGACACAUUGAAGACCUUGGAAACCAGCAUCGAUGCCUACACUGCACCACCCCCACCACCUCCCACAGCAGCCGACGUAAAGGCCGAGCAACAAAAAGUCCGCACUACCGAGCCCCCACGUAACGAGGAGAUUUUCCAACCCAUCCCGCAACACAAGGGCCUGCGCAACCAAGUCGAGAAGGCCGUCCACCAAGUGGCCCUUGCCCCGGGCCAGACCUCGCAGUUGUCCCCAGCCGCGAAGAAAGCCGUCGAGUCGGCUAAGCACCAACUGCUUAAGAUCCAAAAGGAGGCCACCGGCUCCGACGACCCGCAGGGCCUCUUCCAGGACUUCGCCCUCCGAGCCCUCCACUCCCCAUUUGGCUGGCCCUUCCGACACCAAUACCGCCGUCGCCUGGCCCACGCCGUCUUGGGAAGCCCCUACGGCGAACCCAGCCUGUAUGUCAACGCGGCGUGUGCGCUGGCCGGGCUGACGGUCCAUUCGCUGCGCGAGGACCGCUACGGGAACGUGCAGCGGGACGUAGCGACGCUGAUUCGGGCGCUGACGGGGGUGACGAAGAAGCUGGAGGGGUUCCAGGCUGGAUUGGCGACGCACUGGACGGAUGUCGAAGCGGAACGGACGUGCCCGGAGGUGGAGGAGGUGCUGGCUGCGCUCAAGGAUGGGCUGGCGAGGACGAUUGAGGGGUUUGGGCCUUAUGCGCGGGAAUUGAGGCUGAGUUUGACGGAUAUGCGGCUCGCGAGGGAGGCUGCGGGCGUGGAAGAGGCGGAACAGGAGAUGGAGGAGGUGGGGAGAGGGAGGUAG